AUGGCCACCGCACCAUCGUCAUCGGUUGUCACCGCCGAUACAAACACCACUCAACCGCCUUCUUCUUCGGUAGUUCCCGAGGCUUCUCCUUCUCCUGUCUCCGCCAUCGAUUUCUUCUCUCUCUGUCACCAGCUCAAGACAAGAAAGAGAACAAGAUGGCUGAGAAGUGGCAUUAAGAAUCCUGAAUCUAUGGCUGAUCAUAUGUAUCGAAUGAGUUUGAUGGCGCUGAUUGCACCAGAUGUUCCUGGUUUAGACCGAAACAAGUGCAUCAAAAUGGCUAUGAUUCACGACAUUGCAGAAGCAAUGAUUUUGGACACAACCCCCCUUGAUGAAAUUUCAAAAGAAAUAAAACAUCAACGAGGACAAGCAGCGGUUGAUUAUAUGUGCCGAAUACUCGGAGUAGAAGGAUCGAGAGGAAAGGAAGUUACUGAGUUGUGGAUGGACUACGAAGCAAAUUCCUCUCCAGAAGCAAAAUUUGUCAAGGACCUUGACAAGGUAGAAAUGAUACUUCAAGCUCUGGAUUAUGAAGAAGAUGAGCAAGGGAAGGAUUUGGAUGAAUUUUUCCGCUCGACUGCUGGGAAGUUCCAAACUGAAAUCGGCAAAGCUUGGGCAUCAGAAAUUGUUUCAAGAAGGAAUAAUACCCAACUUGGAAGUUAA